AUGAAACGCCCGUGCCGAAUCGUGGCCUUUGGGAAUCUCGACCACUGUCAGUUGCAACACCAACCCGUCCCUUCAUUGGCACGACACGGGGAGGCGCUAGCUUCGCCUUGCGUUGCUUGCCUUGCCUGGCAUCGACCAGGCGAGGGCGAUGAGUUACAACGUCAGGUCAAGGCUCACUGGCUCAGGAGUCGGGGAGUGCCAGACAAGGCUCCGGCAGUUGAAGGGAUGUGCAUGUUAAAUCUCGUUAGACCCACUCACACGAGGAGACUACGUCUGUUAGCUAAACUUAGCUGA